AUCUUAUACCUGGUUUAGGAACGUUUUUCGCCUGCCUGUUAUUACAGAUGGAAAUAGGAAUUCUAAUUGGCGUUGGUUUGAAUUUGAUAUCGAUUUUAUACCACGCGGCGAGACCCAAACUUUCAAUUAGAGUUAACACGACUAGGAGCGGUAUUAACUAUCUGAUGAUGACACCAGACAGAUGCUUGAUAUUUCCAUCAGUUGAUUAUGUGAGAAAUAUCAUCGUUAAGCAYAGCCUAAAACAGAAUUUACCGGUAGUCAUUGACUGUUCACAUAUUUAUGGAGCAGAUUUUACUGCCGCCAAGGUCAUAGAAUUGUUAACCAUAGACUUUUCGCAGAGAGGCCAGUUGUUAUUUUUUUACAACCUGAAACCAAGUUUGGUCACUGUUUUCGAGGGAGUUCGUCCAAAAGAUUUCAACAUACGAUUAUUCUACGAGAGCCAAGAUAUCGAUCAACUGUUGAACAAACACAUGGCAUUAAACAGCACUACUGCAGAUGGCUAAGAAUUAUCUGAACAACUUGAUCGUUCUGUGCGUUGCAUAUCUUUUAACAAACAUUUUAAUUGAUAAUUUU